CCGGAGAAGAAGCAGGAAACUUUCGGCAGCAGGAAGGCGGCGCGCAGUCGGCGACGGGACAGGCCGGGACGGGGCGCCAUGGAGAGCGGCGGGCUCCUGCUGUGGGCGCUGCCGUCGGCGCUGCUGCUGGCGCUGCUGCUGCAGCUGAGCCCCCGGCUGCGCUUCCGGGCCAAGGUCCUCUCCUACUGCGCCCUCUGCCUCAUGGCCUCCGCCCUCACGGCCCCCGCCUGCCUGCUCUGGAACGGGGGCCGCACCGUGGAGAACAUGAGGCUGGUAUGUUUGAUCUGCCUCUGUCCUGUCCACAGGAUCAUCAAGAAUGUUGUCAGGAGCUUCAAAUACCUCUAUGGCUUGAGGUUUGAUGUGAAGGGCCUGGAGCAUUUCCAGGUGGAGGGCCCGUGCGUCAUUGUUUCGAACCACCAGAGUGUCUUGGAUAUGAUGGGGCUGAUGGAGAUCCUACCAGACCGCUGCGUCCAGAUUGGCAAGCGGGAGCUUCUCUACUUUGGCUCUGUAGGUCUCAUCAUGUACCUGGGCGGGGUCAUCUUUAUCAACCGAAAGAGUACCAGCAACGCCAAGUCUGUGAUGUCCGGUGUUGGCCAAGCUAUGACCACUGACAAUGUGAAAGUUUGGAUCUAUCCAGAGGGCACGAGAAACGGAAAUGGGGAUCUCUUGCCAUUCAAGAAAGGAGCAUUCCAUCUGGCCAUCCAGACCCAGGUUCCAGUCAUUCCUGUGGUGUAUUCCUCCUUCACUACAUUUUACAACCCGGAGAAGAAUCUGUUUACAUCAGGCAGAAUCCGGGUUGAAGUCCUGCCACCCAUCCACACCAGCGGCAUGACAGCCACAGACGUCACAGAGCUGUGUGACACAUGCUACACCACCAUGAGGGAGACCUUCUUCAGACUGUCAGGAACAGCCAGAAGAGUGAAUGGAUCCACACCCCACCUUGCCCAGUAGUAGCCUUUGGCCAAACUGGGUUCACCCCCCCCCCCCCCACACACACACCAAAGGACUUCUGCCUGUUGCCAAAAAUGGCCGUGGCUCUGUUGCUUGGGGUCGUGGGAAUCUUUGAAAAGCCUGGGGGCGGGUCUCUGUGUAAGCAUAGCCCUGGAAAGGGAGUGCCACCUUCCUGCUAUUCACCCCUCGUACCAGCACACACACACACCCCCCCCCCCCGAGGAAGGCAUUUUCUUGCGUGUUUGCUGUACCGUUCUCCAGAAUUGCCUGCUUGGAACUCAACUGAAGUCUCCAUUGGCCUGUUUGGCACUUUCCAGCUGUUCAGACUGAUGACAUCCAGAUGCACACACUCUCUCUCCCCCCUCCCCUGCCCUUCCCCAAGGUUGUGGGGGGAGGAUGUUCCUGCAGUCGUACGGUUUAUGGGGACCGCUCUCAUCUUUGCAUUGAGUGGCUGUAAUCUUUUCCAAGAUGGCAGGAGAGCUUUGAAAAAGGGGCUUUGGAACCUUGUAGAGCCUCCCCCACAAGUUGAGGAGUGGGGAGGAGAGCAGCGUGGCGGCUGUUUCUAGGCUCCAGCAUGACAACGUGCAGCUCUUCCCUUCUUCGUUUGGUCGUGCUGCUCCAAAAUGGGGGCAGGGGCACAAGAGAGGCCUUCAUGCAAAUGUCAGAGAAUUUAUAAUGGAUUCAACAUUGCUCUGUUUGGGGCUGGCCAGGCCUCUGUGGCCAACCAAGAACAGAUGCCACAAACUUCGGUGUGUGUGUGUGGGGGGGGGGGGCACUUUGCACAAAGCCUUUGGGAACCACGAGGCUUGCCCUAUGAUAAGAGGGCUGAGCUUGCCAAGGGGAGGGGAGGGGAAUGUUCUUCUCUGUCUUUUCUUUCCUUACCCAUCUCCCAUUGAUUUGAAAACUAUGCUGCUAAGUUGCAAGUAGCUCUUUAAACAGGGAAGUAAAGAAGUGUUUGGGUUGGUCAAGUAAAAUCAAGGGUCAGCAAGUGAUUAAGUUUCUGCUUCUUUGGCAUAAAAAUGUUCCAAAAAGUCAUUAAAAUUGGCAUCUCCCGAAUUCCACUUUGGGUUCUCACAGAGAUGUGUGGCUGGACUUGAGGAUGCAGGCAGCAUGACUUUAGCUGAAUUACAGUUUCCGUACAAAUGCUCUGGCCUGUGGAUUGGGCAAGAAAAAUACGUCUGCUUCAGUGUUGAGUAAUCCCAUGGGCUACAGUGGGAUUAUCUAUUUGAAAGAAAUUGAUUUCAGGAGAGCAGCCCAAGGACACAGCCCCAUAAGUAGCCCCCCCCCCCCCGCCCACUGAAACACAAAAGCUCUUGCCCCAGUUCCCACUUGCGGCAGUGGGGCUUGUGCCAGGGGAAGCCAUUCCUGCGCUUGGCCCUCCUGGCCCUUGGAGAAAACAAAGUCCUUCCAUCUUAAAAAUAUGUUGCUAGAAUUAUGGGGUCUGAUGAAACAAACAGAGCUCAGUAGUGUGACUAUUACUGCAAUAGUUUAUAAUGUUCUUGAGAUAGUGUGUGUGUGUGUGUGGGGGGGGGGGUUGCCCUUGGGGCUCACCAAUCGCUUCUGCUUAUUAAAGGGCUUUCUAAAUAUGUGGUCUUAAGUUCCAGCAAACAGGGAUUCUUUUGAGUGCCAGCUGGCCACUGCUCUGACUCUGGAAAUGGUUGCAAAAUUUCCAGAAGUGCCUCCUAGCCCUCUGGGCCUCCCACCGAUUUGGAAACAGCCUGGCAGAACAAGCACUGGCCAUGUGUUUGUGUGCGUCCGGGGUAUGCACUGGCUGCGGCAGCUUCCUUCCCCCUUGAGAUUGGUUGUAAGCCUGUGCCAUGCUAGCAAAGAGCAGCAUUCCUGUGCCCUCAGAGGGUGGGUUGAGGUCAGCUGGAGCAUCUAAGCCCAGGGGGAGAGCUGGCUGGCCUGGCUUCUUCUGUGGAACACCUCUUGGAGGUUUUCUCAAAACCAGCCUCUCUGGGACAAAGGCCCAGCACGGUUGUCGUCCUGCUAACACAAGGGUGUGGCUGCAUCUUUCCUCAGAUUUGGAGGGGGGGGGCGUCUGAUGGCCAAGGCCAGGACUUUCUCUUGGUCACAUGCGAUGUCCCCCCCCCCAUCCUGAGUGUGUGCAAAUGUUGUUCUGGGCAUGGGGGCAGCUUGCCACGAGGUGAUCCGCUUGCCUUCCUGAUAAAGUUGCCAGUUGCUCUUCUGCUGUCAAGAGGGCUUGGCUUUAACAACCAAGCAAGUGUAUGUAAACAUUCUUGUUAGUUUUAUGCUGAAAUUUGUUUUGAGGGAGAAGGGGUUUUGCAAACUAUUGCUUGAAUAAAGGAGCCACGUGGCUUUAAAAGAAAUGGGCUGUUUCCAGGGCAUUCAGAUAACAGCAGGCCCUCGCCAAGCACUUGGCCCCCAGGAUGCGCUAGCCUGAGGCUGACACAGAUACUUCAGGCUCUACAGUUAGCAAGGAGGGCAGCGUGGCUGGCAGCCAGAGCAAAGCUCCUUCCCAACUAUUGAAGUGUUUUGAUAGCUCGCUAAUUUGGCCACUUACAAUGAAGGAGCCACUGCGGGGACUUGGACCCCCACAGCCUUUCAGAGGAUGUCGUCAUUUUCACCUUUUUGCACCCGGGGUGACCCAGGUUUAAGCUGCAGAGGUGGGGAGUGCACUGCCUGUGGCGCUUCCUGGGUGUUGCUCUGGCCCCUUUCCCUUGAGGGAAGCAGCAGGUGGAAUGGAAAAGUGCCCCUGGGUUGCUGGAGUCAUGCAAAGAAGUCACACUGGCACACCCUUCUGUCUUGCCUUGUGCAAGAACACUGAACCCACAACUCAAGUUUCCUUCAAGCAUAUGGAUGGGAGCCAAGAGUGGAAAGAGGACUAAAACCCUCUGUGCAAGGUGGCGGCAGUCAGGACUACUCUGGUAUAAGACAAGAUCCCUGAAGUAGUUUGUGGGGAAGAAGUCUGGAUCGCUUAUACAAGAAGGGCAGCCAAGAAAGGCCCUGCCCACUGCAAAACCAACGUCGGCCCACUGUUGCUUAGAAAGUGAUUAUGUGUUGGAUAAAAUGGGGCAGGUUAUUUUUUUUGAAUAAAGUCAAUGAUUUAAAAAGAGCCGUCAGACCCUGUUGGAUGUUUUGCAGGCCAGGCCAGGCCAGCUGUAAAGGUGCUGGUUAAAAACAUCCAUCUGGGGCAGAAGUUGGCCCCCUAUUUUGGCCUUGAGCAGAGUUUAUUGUGCCACACUCUGGGAGUGCCCUUGAAGACAAUCCAGAAACUUCAGCUGGAAAGCUUGUGUCUUGCUUUACUGCCAUGAAACGUGCUUCAAGGUGCUGGGGGGGGGGGGCGGCUACAUGUGGCAAGUCCACUCCCCCCACACAUGCACAUAGGUGCUUACCUAGGCACAUUAAAAAUUCCUUACUGGAAACGAGGCCGACAGCAGCCCCUGCCUGGUAGAAGGGGCCUUCCUGAGGGUGACAGGGCAGGCUCUCCCUGUUGGCGGCCUUGUGGAGAUCAAGGGAAGGUGGGUAUCCAACAGGGCGAGGCCUCAGCCUGGGCUAAGGACAGUGGCCACCCCCCCCCCAAUUUCAUCCUGGUCUCUUAUCAGCUCUGGUAACUCCUUUGUGGAUUUGCUUGUCCUUUUUCCAUGUCUGCCCAGAAAUAUUGGGGGGGGGGGCUCUUACACACGACCUAAUUAAAAUUGUGUACGGGAUGUUCCAGGACCAGUUCAAAAUUUGGCACAGUGUCCCACAAAAUACAGUUUCCCCAAUC